CCUACAUUGUUUACGUCUUCGUUAAAGCCAGGUGAGGGCCAGCUCAGGGACCAGACAGAUUCAUAACUGUCACGUGUUUUCAUUUUUGCGAAAUGUUAAGAACAGAAGACAGUGGAGCAGUUUCUGUCUGGUUUAAAGAUAAAGGCCUGGUGUGAGUUUAAUUAGCUAAAGUGUUCUGUUGUUGACGUAUCUUCGUAGCUCGUGUUUCAUAUGUAGCUGGUGACACUUGUUUAAAGAAGCGCACACGUCAGACAUCUGCGGUAGAGAAACCCCUCCUUCGUUCCCUGGUGUUUUGUUUCGGUUUGUGUCCUUUCUGUGAUGCUCCUCCUGUCUUUACAGCUCCUCGCUGACUGUCAGCUGACAAGCUGAUUAAAAGCGGAAAGAACAACAUAAGCUGAUGGAAUAAUCUUUACUCUUUCCCUCGUGCUGGGACAAUACGUUGGUUGGUAAACAAACGUAGCCAGCAUGUUUAUUUGUUUUCUUUAAGAACAUUGUUACUGAAAAAGAAUAAGGAACCAAUACCUUUUUGGGGGGUGGAGGUUCAGAGAUGUCAGUCUAGUCUGCUUGAAUAAUUUGAAGCCAUUUCAACUUGAUGAAAGCGCGUGCAGAGUUCCUCCUUUGAACCCUCGAGAGCCAUCAUGUCGGACACUGAGAGGUCUCUGCCCGCUGUCAGAAAGCUCAGCUAUGCUGUGGGACACUUUCUCAACGACCUGUGCGCCUCCAUGUGGUUCACAUACUUACUGGUGUUCUACCACUCAGUGCUGGGAUUCCAGAACACAAAUGCAGGUGUCUUGUUGCUGGUUGGUCAGAUAGCUGAUGGCAUCUGUACACCCCUCGUUGGCUAUGAGUCAGACCAAACCUCUGGUUGUGGAAACUAUGGCAAGAGGAAGACCUGGCAUUUGGUUGGCACGGUGUGUGUGGUGGUGUCCUUUGCCUUCGUCUUCAACCAGUGCCUUGGCUGUGACCCCAACACUCCUCAGUGGGCCAGCUUGAUCUACUUUGCCCCAUUCAUCAUCAUCUUCCAGUUUGGGUGGGCUGCCACGCAGAUCUCACACCUGUCUCUCAUCCCAGAGCUGGUCACCUGUGAGCAUGCUAAAGUGGAGCUCACUGCAUACAGGUAUGCAUUCACUGUCACAGCCAACAUCACAGUGUAUGCCCUUGCUUACCUGCUGUUCCACGUUCAGACUGGAGAGGACGAAGACUCUCUCGGACCAGCAGAUACUAACAUCUUUAGGAACCUGUCAUUGAUUGUGUUGGGGAUCGGCGCUCUCUUCGCUGCUUUCUUCCACCUGGGAACCACAGAGUGCCCCAAUCACAAAGGCAGUAGGGAGGAAGAGGAGGCUGAAGAGGAGGCUGAAGGGGAACGAAGGCCGCUGCUACCUUCUUCCUCUGUUUCUUCAUCCCAUCUGCAGUGGAAAUGUUGGCUCCGGCAGCCUUCCUUCUACCAGGUGGCCUUACUCUACAUGUCCACCAGGUUAAUUGUCAAUCUGUCCCAGACCUACAUCUCCAUGUAUCUCAUAAACACUCUUGGCCUGCCCAAGAAAUACAUUGCAACGAUCCCAUUAGUGAUGUAUCUGAGUGGCUUCCUGUCCUCCUUCAUCAUGAAGCCUGUCACAAAACGCAUUGGAAAAAGUCUCACUUACUUUGUGGGCCUCCUACUGAUCAUGGCCUUCUCUUACUGGGUGCUGCUAGACGACAAGAUGGGUCAGCAGAUCUACGGGGCUGCGGUGCUGCUGGGGGCUGGAUCAGCCACCAUCCUGGUCAUAUCCCUAUCCAUGACCGCUGAGCUGAUCUCAGAUCAGACGCAAAGCGGAGCGUUUGUGUACGGAGCCAUGAGCUUCACCGAUAAACUGGCCAAUGGAGUCACAGUUAUGAUGAUUCAAGCUCUGCACCCCUGCCACACGGUGGUGUGCUGCCCAGCCUGUGUGUGGUUUUAUCACUACAUUAUGGUCAUAGUGACGGGGGGCGUGGCUGUCGUUGCAGCAUUGGCGCUCUGCUCCAUCCUCAUCUGGCCAAUCAGGAUCAGAGCACGUGGCCUACAAGUCAUCUCUCAUGGUUCCACCUCAGUUAACUGAGAGCCGGACGGGGCCGCCUUCGCCUUACUGGGAACUCUGGUCUUAGAUGGACAGCAGCGACACUCACAGGGUUCUCCUGUCUAAUUGGAAACAGGAGAAACAAGAUUGAAGCUAAUCUUGUUUCUCAGAUUAGCAUUUUCACUGGAAUGUCUUGGAAAUCCCAUCUUAAAUAACCUCUACACUAGGCUGACACUUGGUUGCCAUCAUUUUCUAGAAUUGUUUGGUGCGUGAGAUAAAAUUAUUAUACGGGUCCAAUUCAUUGUGUUCUAGAGAUGAGGCCUUCCUCUGAAUGAAAGCAAACACAACAGGAGUCCAGCCUUUUCCUGUUUUACAUUUUAAACACUAAGAAAUUAUGAUGAAGUCAACAUGUAAAUCACUAGUGAGCUCAGUGGAUAAACCACUAAAUCAGUGGACCGGAUCCUAAAACCACACUACGCCCCAACAGGACUAAGCUGAAGGAGUUCAUCGUUCAUCUUGUAGAGAGGACCCCUGCUGUAAUUCCUCUUAUUUUUUGGGUGUGUUUGUUUUACGCAGGGGAAAGAAAAGUGUAAUUUUUUUUUUCAACAUAUUUUAAUCAAUUUGUGUUAUACCCAAAAAAAAAAUAACUUUUUUUUUUGAUAUAACUUAACAAAAGGGACAUGCUGCAGCUUUAAUCAACCGAACGAAGCGAGAGCACUUCCUGUUGUGCUUUCUGGAGAUCGCUUCUCGUUCAGAGUCAUGCAGGUUGAGCUUUAACCAUCUGAACCCAAAGAUCAUUGUAAAAUGAAAUAAAACUUGAAAUAGUGGAGCUGCACCUAACUUUGAAAUCUUUAAAAGGGAUCAAUGUCUAUUUCAUGUACUAAUGGAAUAAUGAAAGGAAUCUUCUUGGUGGAGCAGCACAGCUGAACUAUGUCUGACUGGGAACACUGGGAAGAGCUGUUGACCAAACUCUGAACCAAAGCUGAGCUCUGACUCAGGUGACCAUCUGGUCUGCUUCACCUGUGUAAAAAAUAUUGAAUUGAUGAAGGGAUUAUUGUUAAGGAGCUGAAACAAUAAAGUGUGUAAACCUGCCUGAA